AUGCCACACGAACCGAUUAAUGUCGCUAAUCUAAUCGACCUAGACGUCGACCCUUCGCUGGAAUGGAACCCCGCCUACGUGCCCCCAAUACCACCAAAGCGAUCCAAUUUCUUCAACAGCGGAUCAGGGUAUCUCUUCACCCAUCCUUCGACCGGUGGCAUCGUCAUGAUGAGCCCGUCAGCGGUUGAUCUCGCCUACCUGGACCUCCCCCGCACCCACGACACCACCAGAUCAACACCUGAUGUGGAAGACGACCUUGCAGUGAGGAUGUUGGGUCUCGGAGCGACAUGGUGGCCAAACUGGGUGACCUACUCACGCCAUAAGGCGCGCAUCGACGAUGAUGUCAUCUACGAUUUCCACUUUCCCCCGAAGACGUACGUGGGGUACCCUUCCACAGGCGGCGUGUGGGUUAUGCAGUUCUCGCCUGACCAGAACUGGUUCGACUCGCUUGGUCAAUAUGGGAAGCAGCGGACGUGGCCUGAGAUGCCUCUGGACUUUCACGUCAGGAUGGGGAUGGUGUUGAGUAUGGAUGAGAAGUGCGAGGCUAUCCGCGACUUUGGGGGCGUGUUUUGGGAGAAAGUGGCGGAGUGCGGGCUUGUUGCGAAGGAUCUGGACGAGGGGAGGGAGAAGUGGCGGGGUUUUGAGGGGCAUCUCAGGAACAACCACACCCCCACCAACACAUCCCCCGACGACGUCCUCGAAAUCUGCGCCUGCGAUCCCCCCUUCUCCCCCCUCUACACCCCUCCCCGCCCCCCUCUCCGGUCAAACAUCUUCCCGGGCCCAGGCUUCCUCGUCGCCUACCCCUCCCGCGGCGGACUGGUCCUCAUGCACCCCUCCCCUCUGGACCUGCAACAUCUCGACCUGCCUCGCACCCACGACACGCCCCGCUCCUCCCUCCCUGCAGUAGAAGACGGCCUCGCUGAUCGUAUGCUCCGCCUGGGAGCGCACUGGUGGCCCUCCUGGACCCUCUACGCACAGCAUGCGGACCGUCUCAGCUCUGGCACCGUGUACGACUUUCACUUCCCGCCGGACGUGUACGUCGGGCACCCGUCCAGCGGAGGCGUCUGGGUGGUGAGAUUUUCCCCGGAUAGGGGAAAUCUGGGAAAGCACCCCCGAACUUCGCUUCCGCAGCGGCCAGAGGCGUGGAAUCGGGUGAUGAGGCAUGUGCUUACCAUGGACGAGCGGUGCGAGGCGCUUAAAGGGUUUGGAGCGCGGUUCUAUGAGGAUAUAGACACGUGUGAGGACAUUUGCAAGACGGUUCGGGAAGGGGUGGAGGAGUUUGUGAGAUUUGAAGCUCUUUUGGGACGGAUAGAGGAUAGGGAGUAUCAGGAGCGUUGGUUUACGGCCUUCCAUGUCGGUGGGCGGGCGGUGGAGGUUCGGUAUGCUGUCGAGGACAAGAGGAACAGGGGAUGGGGAUGCGUUUUGCUGUGA